AUGUCUGCUAGUCCGUCUCCCUCGGCUGGUAGUGAUACCAAGCAAAGCGAGCAGGUUCACUUCCGCUUCUGUCGCGAAUGUUCCAACUUGCUGUACCCCAAGGAAGACCGAGCCAACAACCGUCUGAUGUUUACGUGUCGCACAUGCCAUGUCGGCGAGCCUGCGACCUCGUACUGCGUGUACAAGAACAAACUGCACAGCCAAGUGGGAGACACGGCGGGCGUGACUCAGGACGUGGGAUCCGAUCCGACGCUUCCUCGAUCCAACAAGCUCUGCCCCAGCUGCGGUGAAAGCGAGGCGGUGUUUUUCCAGUCCCAGCAACGAUCUGCCGAAACCGGAAUGAAACUCUACUUUGUCUGCUGCGCCUGCGGUAAUGUCUUUACGUGA